AGGUACGCGUGCGCACAGGGACUGUGGGCUUGAGGAAAGGAUGUGGAGCUAAGGCGCCAGGAAGUGGAGGAGAAGCGCCCCUCAGGUUACCACCAAAGAACAUGAUUUUGGUCUAGGGGCUCCAGUUUCCGAAGCUGGAAAAUACCAGAAUACUCUCCAGCUAGAACAACAAGUGAGAACUCAAGAUAAAUUCAUCUCUACACUGAAAUUACAGGCAUUUGGACACCUUCGUGAUAGAAAGGCCCUUUUCUUCAUCCCUUGAUGGUUUGAUAGUGGGCUGGGAAGGAAAGCUGUGGUCCUCCGUAUUAAUCAGCAAAUACUUGAUUGAUCUGGUAUUUAGCUUAGUCAAAUUGAAGAUCUCAAGCAGACAAAUCAUGCCUUGAAAGAAUAUGUUAGAAACCUCGUGAAUAGUAAGGAGGUGGUAAGCAAUCAAAUAGAUAAUUUAACCAGCCACAAUGAGCACCUUUGCAGAGAAUUGAUUAAAGUUGACCAAUUAGCAGAGCAAUUAGAAAGACAGAAAAAUUUUGUGGUGGAUACUGCCGACAAGGAACUUGAAGAAGCCAAGAUUGAACUCAUUUGCCAGCAAAAUAAUAUAAUAGUAUUGGAAGAUACAAUAAAAAGACUUAAAUCUAUAAUUUUAGAGACUGAAAAAGCACAAAAUAAAUCUCCUUCCAGACUCGAUUCCUUUAUCAAGACCUUAGAAGCAGACAAAGAUCACUACAAGAGUGAAGCUCAGAAACUGAGAAAGAUGAUCAGAAAUAGUUCUAAAAGUCCAAGACGCCUGUCCCCAUCUUCCCGGGCUACACACUGUGAUGUAGAGCUUUUGAAGACCACACGAGACCGUGAAGAACUUAAGUGCAUGCUGGAAAAAUAUGAGCGUCAUUUGGCAGAAAUUCAGGGUAAUGUCAAGGUUCUUACAUCUGAGAGAGACAAGACCUUUCUUCUUUAUGAACAGGCGAAGGAAGAAAUUGCCCGGCUUCGCCGAGAAAUGAUGAAGAGCUGUAAGUCUCCUAAAUCAACAACUGCACAUGCCAUCCUCCGGCGGGUGGAGACUGAAAGAGAUGUAGCCUUCACUGAUUUACGAAGAAUGACCACAGAACGAGAUAGUCUGAGGGAAAGGCUAAAGAUUGCUCAAGAGACAGCAUUUAAUGAGAAAGCUCACUUGGAACAGAGGAUAGAGGAGCUGGAGUGUACAGUUCAUAAUCUUGAUGAUGAACGUAUGGAGCAAAUGUCAAAUAUGACUUUGAUGAAGGAGACCAUAACCACUGUGGAGAAAGAAAUGAAAUCACUAGCAAGAAAGGCAAUGGAUACCGAAAGUGAACUUGGCAGGCAAAAAGCAGAGAAUAAUUCUUUGAGAGUUUUAUAUGAAAAUACAGAAAAAGACCUUUCUGAUACUCAGCGACACCUUGCUAAGAAAAAAUAUGAGCUUCAGCUUACUCAGGAGAAAAUUAUGUGCUUGGAUGAAAAAAUUGAUAAUUUUACAAGGCAGAGUAUUGCCCAGCGAGAAGAAAUCAGCAUUCUUGGCGCAACCCUCAACGACCUGGCUAAAGAAAAGGAGUGCCUGCAAGCAUGCCUGGAUAAAAAGUCUGAGAACAUUGCAUCCCUUGGAGAGAGUUUGGCCAUGAAAGAAAAGACCAUUUCAGGCAUGAAGAAUAUCAUUGCUGAGAUGGAACAGGCAUCAAGACAGUCUACUGAAGCGCUAAUUAUGUGUGAACAAGACAUUUCCAGGAUGCGCCGGCAGUUGGAUGAAACAAAUGAUGAACUGGCUCAAAUCGCCAGGGAAAGAGAUAUCUUGGCUCAUGAGAAUGACAAUCUCCAAGAACAGUUUUCUAAAGCUAAACAAGAGAACCAGGCCCUGUCUAAACAAUUGAAUGAUACUCAUAAUGAACUUAAUGAUAUAAAACAGAAGGUUCAAGAUACUAAUUUGGAGGUUAACAAGCUGAAGAAUAUAUUAAAGUCUGAAGAAUCUGAGAACCGGCAACUAAUGGACCAACUCCAAAAAGCCAAUGAAGAUGCUGAAAAUUGGGAAAAUAAGGCCCGGCAAGCAGAGAUAGACAACAAUACCCUCAAAUUAGAACUUAUCACUGCUGAGGCAGAGGGUAACAGAUUAAAAGAAAAGGUAGAUGCCCUCAAUAGAGAGGUCGAGCAGCACUUAAAUGCAGAAAGGUCUUACAAGUCCCAGAUUUGUACGUUGCAUAAAUCUCUUGUGAAGAUGGAAGAGGAGCUUCAGAAGGUUCAGUUUGAAAAGGUGUCUGCCCUUGCAGACUUGUCUUCCACAAGGGAACUUUGUAUUAAACUUGACGCAAGCAAAGACCUUCUUAAUCAGCAGCUGAUUGCUAAAGAUCAAGAAAUUGAAAUGAUGGAGAAUGAGUUAGAUUCUGCUCGUUCUGAAAUAGAACUCCUCAGAAGUCAGAUGACAAAUGAGAGAAUCUCCAUGCAGAAUCUAGAAGCUUUGCUGGUGGCCAAUCGGGACAAAGAAUAUCAGUCUCAGAUAGCGCUUCAAGAAAAAGAAUCUGAAAUUCAGCUGCUUAAAGAACACCUGUGUUUGGCAGAAAAUAAAAUGGCCAUCCAGAGUAGAGAUGUGGCCCAGUUCAGGAAUGUCGUCACGCAACUGGAAGCUGAUUUAGACAUCACCAAAAGACAGCUAGGGACCGAGCGCUUUGAAAGGGAGAGGGCUGUGCAAGAACUUCGCCGCCAGAACUACUCAAGUAAUGCUUAUUAUUUGAAUUCUACAAUAAAGCCAAAUAUAAAAUGUCAUUCACCGGAACGUGCUCACCACCGAUCUCCUGACCGAGGCCUGGAUCGAUCUCUAGAAGAGAAUCUUUGCUAUAGAGAUUUCUGACAUGCGAAAAGAUUCUUCACAUCCUUGGGAAAGGUCAAAAUGUUAAACUGAUUUUUUUUUCUAUUUGAUUGCAUUUAUUUUUGAAUCCUUGACAAUGUUAAAGAUAUAUAUUAACUUUGUGCCUCUGAAUCUCUGUUCUCAUGUGCCAUAUUGCAGAGAUCAGAGAUGACUUACAAAAACAAAAAUGCAUGUGGCUCUUUCUACCCAUACAGUAAUAGUGAGUGUAAAAUCCACUUACUUCACUAUUAAACACUGUUAACUAUCUGGAGUAAAUAAAGAAACUUAUAAAAAAGAGGGAAACGUGUUUUUUACAAAACUGAUUUCCUUACCUUUCUUGGUCUCUCAAAUAAUUGGUAGGUUAUUUUUCUUUGUUAUUUAUCCUCUCUUGGCUGGAGAAGUUCUGCCAAAAUAGGGACAGUUUACUGAUACUGGCCUGGGUUCCAAUAUGCCACUUUGGACCCAGCCUGAUGUAAAUUCCAGGCCAUAAUCUGACUUCAAAACAGCAGAUAAUAGGAGUGUGUCAGGAUUUUUAAAUCCAUAAUAUUGUACCACUGAUUAACAGACAUUUCUGCAAUUGUGUUUACCAUACUAUUUUUAGAAAGGCAGGUGAUGCUAUAUCUGUCAAGAAUGUAAGAUUUUUUAAAAUCUGUAUUUUUAAUAAGUUUUCUUUAAAACAUUAAAGUACUGCAAUCAACUUAAUUGCCAUUUUAUUUUUUUGCCUGUGGCAGGUGUUUGUUUUCAGAGUAACCACUCCAUUGGCGCUUCCUUAUUUCCCCUAAACCCCCCUAAAUCUCUUAUCUUUUCUGUCCAUUGACUUUGAAUUAAGAGCCUGAACACUACUGCAUUUUACUGAUAUUAGCUAUUUGUAUUCUUGCCAUUUAUUUUUUAAAAAUCUGUCAUUAAUAGUAUUCAUAGGAUGU